AUGGGUUCUGAGUUACCAAGUAUCAGGAUCUCGCCAGCAUCGCCUGCAACAACUUCCUCCAACGACACGAUUGAAUCUCCAACUAAGGAGCAAGAAGAGCCCUCAGAUGUCUCGUAUCUACGCAACUGGAGCAGAGGGGAGGAUUACGAGGAUCUUGAUGAUCUUUUGCGACGCGUAGCUAUCAAGCACGAGGAUCAAGGGCAUAUUGAGUCGUUCUGGUCUUCCCAACUCCUAGCAGCGGUGAUGACUCGUGAGCGAAUUUUAGAGGAACUGAUCCGUCUCAAGGACGGAUUUGGAGAACGGGCAAUAGGCAGUCUUGCUGAUGAGAUCUCUACAGGAUGUCGUAAGAUCUUUGCAAUUCUGAGUCUACUCGGAAGAGGCAAGUGCGUUGUGGGGUUCAUGCAUGACAACAUUAAAGAUACAGAUCUACCUUUGGUUCCGUGCAUCAAAGGUCCAGAUCGACGCCACGUUCUCGCGCGAAAAACUGUGCCAGCAGUUCCUCUACGAUGUCUGCAAGAUUGGCCCACCAACGAUCGCAAGUCCUUCAAGGAAAUGCAGUAUCGGACAUCUCCAGAGUUCUUAGACCUAGCUACUGGUCCUAACACCAGUAGAAGAGAAAUACAGCACAAGGAAUUCAAACCCACUGCUAUAAUCCCUCUCAUGGAAAGCCAACAGAGAGAGCACGGUGGUUACGGAAUUGUUAGUAGAGUCAAGAUCCAUCCUCAUUGCCACGGCUUCUGCGACAUACUCAAGCCGAUCAAGACCGACCAGUAUUUUGCGCUCAAAAUGAUCAUCAAAACACCCAAAGCAAAGCAGACCAACAGCGAAAUCGAGUUCUGGAAUGAGGUCAACAGCCUGAAACGUUUCAGUGGCUUUUCACAUGAGCACUUGGUGACGCUCUUGAUGACUUGGACAUUCCAGGACCACUAUUAUUUGCUUUUCCCUUUAGCCGAGUGUGAUCUGGAUCAAUACUGGGAGAGAAAGACUAUUCCAACCGAUUCAACGAACCGGCUGUUGGACUCCAAAACACUGAGCUGGCUGUUAGAGCAAAUGUACGGAAUAACAGACGCUCUGAAGCAUAUACACGACCCACCUGAGAACAACCUAUCAAUACAGGACCGCUUCGGUAGACACGGUGACCUUAAACCGGAGAAUAUACUCUGGUACCGUUCAGCGACACAUGCAAAUGGUAUCUUCGUAAUCGCUGAUCUCGGCUUGGCAAAACUCAAUACUAUUUUGAGUCGCUCAGCAGCACCCAAUAACAAGGUACACGCCACACCGCGGUACAGGCCCCCAGAAUAUGAUAUCAAAAAUGCCAAGAUCUCCCGGUCAUACGACAUCUGGACGCUGGGAUGUCUUCUCUUGGAGCUGGUGUGUUGGGCUCUUGGAAAUAACAAGGAUCGACAACGAUUUGCCAAUGCCCGAAUGUCACCUUACGUCACUGGUAGUUGUUCUGACAUCUUUUUCGAUGUCGAACGCAAGAAGAAACGUGCAGAUAAUACCGAACAGGGCGGGUUCGUCGUUCUAGUGAAGAAACAAGUGGCUGAGGAAAUCGCAAGACUUCACAAUCACCCUAAGUGCACAAUGUUCCUUCAUGAUCUCUUGUAUAUUAUCGAAGAAGAUAUGAUCGUCGUACUUUCUGCAACAAAAUCGAGGAUCAGCUCCUCACGCCUGCUGCACGAGCUAGGCAAUAUGCGCAUGAGAGUUGAUAAAGAAGGCCCGGCGUAUUUGCAACUCCCAUGCCCCAAACCGCGGUCUCCAAUUGUCUACGAUCCUGUCGAUGCUGUACUCAGCUUCUCGUUGACUGAAGACGAAGUAAACAAGCUCCACGUACACAGUGGUCGAAGUCAGCGUCCGGGGGAAGUUCGAUAG